AUGGGGAACACAUCUAGCGUCGCCGGCCGUGAGUGCUUCAUGGCCGCCGUGGGAGGAAACCCUAAUAUGGCUAUCUUUCGGGGAGAUCUGUUAUAUCAAUUCCGAGCCCUGCCAUCCUAUAACCAGGCCAUUCCUGUCCAUCCUGAAGUGAUCACCUAUCCGAACAAUACGACCCAGGUUGCUGAAAUUGUGCGUUGUGCCGUUGAGGCAGACUACCGGGUGCAAGCUUAUAGUGGAGGUCACAGCUAUGGCAACUAUGGUCUGGGAGGAGCCGAUGGUCAUGUCGUCGUCGACCUAAAAAACUUCCAGCAAUUCUCCAUGGAUCCGGACACCUAUAUUGCCACAAUUGGGGCCGGUACAAACUUGGGUGAUCUCCAAGACCGUCUUCUGCACGCAGGCGGUAGAGCAAUGUCACACGGAUCUUGUCCGCAAGUCGGUGUCGGUGGUCAUUUCACUAUUGGCGGUCUUGGUCUCAUGUCACGACAAUGGGGAACUGCACUAGAUCAUGUGCUGGAGGCUGAGGUAGUCCUGGCCGAUUCCAGCAUUGUGACAGCAUCAGACACACAGAAUCAGGACGUUUUCUGGGCUAUCAAGGGUGCGGCCGCCAGCUUUGGUAUCGUCACUCAGUUCAAGGUUCGCACUCAGGAAAUUCCCAAGGGCGCCGUGCAAUACACGUAUACAUUCAGUCAGGGAGAUGUAUUUGACAAAGUCAAACUCUUCAAAGCCUGGCAGUCUAUCGUGGCGAAGCCUAAUAUUACGCGGAAUUAUUCCACCGAGCUCACGAUCUUCCAGGACGGUAUUGUCAUCACGGGCAGCUUCUUCGGAACUAGAGAGGAGUUCCAUGAGUUUGAGCAGGAAAAUAACCUUCCCAUUCGAAACCAGGGCAAUAUCGCAUACAUCACGAACUGGCUAGCCUUGGUAGCCCAUGCGGCUGAGAAUUAUCUGAUCUCGAUCGGUGGUGCCUUACUCACUUCGUUCUACUCCAAGUCAGUAUCAUUCACAGUCAACGAGCUGUUCACCGAGCACGCUCUAGUCGCCUUGUUCACGUAUCUCAAUUCUGCACCGAAGGGUUCUCAAAACUGGUGGGUUAUUUUUGACCUGGAAGGGGGCGCAACCAAUGAUGUUCCUAUGAACGCUACGGCCUAUGCUCACCGCGACGCUGUUAUGUGGAUGCAAUCCUAUGCUGUUGUCGGCUUCGAGCCUUCCACAUUCGUUGCCAGAAGGUUUCUCGAUAGCUUGCAUCAAGUUGUGAUGGAAAAUCGACCACACGGCCCUCUGCGUUCCUAUCCAGGAUACGUCGAUCCUUACCUCGAGAAUGGUCAGAUGGCUUACUGGGGAUCCAAUCUUGAACGGCUACAAAGCAUCAAGACUCUCAUUGAUCCGAAGGAUGUCUUCCACAACCCGCAAAGUGUGGCUGUUAAUCCCAUUGUCAAUUCUCAUAAUUAG